AUGUUCGUGAAUAGGAUAGAGAAGAUGCGUGCGCGGCAAAGGAGCUUGAAGGCCCAAGCUCGUGAUCUGCACAAACAAACGCCACACGCACCCAACAAGAGACGAGUACCACCACCGUCCAUUUGGCCAGAUGUACCCUCUACUGGCAAAAUACACCACUAUUUCGUGGGCGUGAUUCUAUAUGUGCAGUGGAGGCUUGUCGUAGCACAUUCCUGGGCGGAGAUGUCACAACGGCCAAGACUAAACCCAGAUAGACCAACUGCAGUGUUGACCGUAGUCUACCUGUACGACCCUUGCACGAAAUGCGAGUUGAAAAAGAGGACGAGUAGCCGAGAAGUUAGCCUCUCUGGGCUGUCUUUGCCGACGCCACCACUCACUCGAACCUCUUUAGGCAAUGAUCACAAGACUCAGUACAGCGAACUUGGGCCUGCCUCUGGGAAUCAGGAAUCGAAAAGGAAUCUCAUGGGUUUAGGAUUCAGUCCGCCUUGGCGACCAACUCAACUCGAAUGUGGACUUGACGACGGCAGUCAUCUCGCAUUGGAAAACAAAGAUUCAGAU